CAGAUGUAGACCUUGAGUAUUUGGUACUGAUAGAAAAGUCAGUGACUGUGGACGAAAAUAUAAACAGUCAUGGUUUGCAGCGAUGUCAAAGCUUUGAAGUGUUGGUAAACGUAUAUAGAUUCAAUAUAGUCAACACUGCGGCUCUCCUAUUCACCGUCCACAUUCAAUAGGGUACAUACAUGUACCGGUAACAUCGAUAUCUUGCAACCAUGUGUACAAUGAGAAAGUCAUGGAAAUUAUUCCUUCAUGGAAAACAUUGUGGAAGUGGAAAACUGCAGAGGACGUCUUCGGCCAGUGACGACAUCACAUGGUGCAGGAGGCGUUGGUUUUAUCAGUCCACGUGCUGCUAUGAGAGUGAAGGAACAAAAUCUUACUACAACCCUCUCAAGAUCCAGAUGCUAUCAGACGGACUUUACAGGCAGAUUUUCAGAAAGGAUCGAAGCCCUAUCAGUAGUGAGAACAGCCAGAAAUUAAUUGAGAAGAGCAGAAAUGUUUUGAAGCAACAUGAUCUGUGGGGAAAAGAGACAAACACACUGCCAGAAGUCGACAUUAAACUGCCAAAGUUAUAUGGAGAAAAUAUUGAUGAUCAUUUUCGACACCUUGCCUCAACUCAGACAGCUGAGUAUAGACAAUUAGGGGAUUCAUUAAGUGUGACAGACUUACCUCCCCUUCCUAAGACCUGGAAGUUCCAGAAAGGCUGGACGCGUUAUGGAAAAGAUGGCAGCUCUGUUCUCGUUGACUUCCCUGAAGAAAAUGCAGUUGUCUUUGAUAUUGAAUGUUUGAUGACAGAAGGAAACUUUCCUACAAUAGCAACGGCCGCGUCUUCGGUGGCUUGGUAUUCCUGGUGCAGCGAUAAUCUAAUUGAAGACACAUUUAAAUGGAAUACCAGUCCUCUCCUGGAAGACCUGAUACCCCUACAGUCCACUAGAGGGAGUGGUGUGGCCUCCAGCCAAUCAGUGGCCAGGAUUAUAGUCGGCCACAAUGUCAGUUUUGACAGAUCCUUUGUCAAGGAGCAAUAUUACAUCAAGAAAGGCAAGCUGCGAUUUCUGGACACCAUGUCAAUGCACAUUGCUGUGUCAGGUUUUACAAAUUUCCAGCGAGUUUUGUACCAGGCUAGCAAGAGUAACACCAUGACGCAGGAGAUCAUGGAUAAGCUGAAAAAACGACCAAGGAUGGAUGAUGGAUUUUCCAAUGAGUGGAUGUCAUCCGGUACUAUGAACAACCUGAGUGAUGUGUACCAGUAUCAUUGUGGGGGGGAAAAGCUGGAGAAGAAAACGCGAGACAUCUUUCUUGAGGGCUCAAUGGGCGAUGUUCGGGAGAAAUUCCAGGACCUGAUGUUGUAUUGCGCCUCUGAUGUGGUCGCAACACAUGCUGUCUUCCAAAAAGUCUGGCCUCAGUUUUUUGACAGAUUUCCCCAUCCUGUCACAUUUGCGGGGAUGCUAGAGAUGGGGACAGCUUACUUACCUGUGAACUCAAACUGGAACAAGUACAUCCGUGAGUCAAAUGAUACCUACAGUGAUCUGCAGAGAGAACUCAAGUUGUUGUUGAUGCGGAUUGCUGAUGAUGCUUGUGAGCUGCUCCAUGGGGAAAGAUAUAAAGAUGACCCUUGGCUAUGGGACCUGAACUGGACAGUAAAGGAUCUCAAGCUGAGAAAGGAAACCUCAAAAACAAAAAGAAUUCCAAAGAAAGAUGCCCCUGUUGCUAAGACAGAAAAUGCUGAAGAGGAAGAGGAGAGUGAGGAAGACAGAGUGAAGAAAGUUUUGGAGACUGAAAAGAGACUUCCUAAAAUCUCGGCACACAUGCCGGGGUAUCCUGCCUGGUACCGUGACCUCUGUCCUCGCAUGUCUACAAAGACUGAAUCUGAUUGGCACCCGGGGCCAGCUAACAUCAGUACCCAGGUUAGAGUGACGCCCAAGCUGAUGAGACUAACGUGGGACGGGUACCCUGUGCAUCAUGACACCGCCCAUGGCUGGGGCUAUCUGGUGCCCGGUAGAAAGGACAACCUGGCUCCGGUGAUUAAGGGAGAGAACUCUGACCAGCCAAUCUUCCCAUCGCAUUCUGUGUACAAAAUGAUGAAAGAGCCAGUUCCUGACAUCCUGACCAAGGAGAUGAACGAGGAACAGUUCUCCAAGUACUGGAACACCCAUGGCUUUGAGAGCCUGGGAAUGGAGGGCAAUGAGUGCAGCAAGCACUGGGACAGGACUGGCAAGGGCAAAGUCUUCCAUAAGAAAGGUGGGGAGCAGAUGAACUCUCCUAUCAUGGAGGUAGAUAUUAGAGGAUGCUGGUUUUAUAAAAUCCCACACAAGGAUGGCGUGGGAAAGCGUGUAGGGAAUCCCCUGGCUAAGGACUAUCAGAACAAAGUAGAGGACGGCACCUUAAGGGCAGGCUCAGGGGCGAGUGCGGAAAGGGCGCUGGUGCUCAGUAAGAUGUGCUCCUACUGGAAGAACAACCAGGAGAGAAUCGAAUCACAAAUGGUUGUGUGGCUUCAGAAAAACCAACUUCCCAGGACUAUUACAAGGAACCCCAUUUAUGAUGAUGAGUCAGGUCAGUACGGAGCGAUUCUCCCAAGAGUCAUUCCAGCGGGAACUGUGACUCGCAGAGCUGUAGAGCCAACGUGGUUAACAGCCAGCAAUGCUUAUACUGACAGAGUAGGCAGCGAACUGAAAGCCAUGGUCCAGUCACCACCUGGGUAUCAUUUCGUUGGAGCUGAUGUUGACUCGCAGGAGCUGUGGAUUGCUGCUGUCAUUGGUGACUCGCACUUUGCUAAGAUGCACGGAUGUACUGCCCUGGGCUGGAUGACUCUUCAAGGCAAGAAGGCUGAUAAGACAGAUAUGCACAGUAAGACAGCGGAAACAGUGGGCAUUAGUCGUGACCAUGCUAAGGUAUUUAACUAUGGUCGUAUUUAUGGAGCAGGACAGAAGUUUGCGGAGAGGUUGCUGAUGCAGUUCAACCAUCGUCUAGGGAAGAAGGAAGCCUAUGAGAAGGCCAGACACCUGUAUGCUACCACCAAAGGGAUCAGAGAUGCAUUUACAGGAGAGUGGAGAGAUGGAAGUGAAAGUCAUAUGUUCAACAAGCUUGAGGCCAUUGCCAAGUCCUCCAAACCACGCACACCAGUGUUAGGAUGUCGAAUAAGCAAAACUCUGGAGCCUGACACGGUUAAUGAUGAUUUUAUGACUAGCCGUGUGAAUUGGGUAGUCCAAAGUUCUGCGGUGGAUUAUCUCCACCUGAUGCUGGUCUCCAUGCGAUGGCUGAGUGACGAGUUUGACAUUGACGCUCGUUUUUCCAUCAGCAUCCAUGAUGAGGUGCGUUACCUGGUGAGGACAGAGGACCGUUACCGGGCUGCUCUGGCGCUGCAGAUCACCAAUCUCCUGACAAGGGCAAUGUUUGCUUACAAACUCAGCUUCCAUGACUUGCCACAGUCAGUAGCCUUCUUCAGUGCCGUUGACCUGGAUACCUGUCUGAGGAAGGAAGUCUCUAUGGACUGUGUCACACCAUCUAACCCCCAUGGGCUGGAACGGGGCUACGGCAUUCCACAUGGUGAAGCCUUAGACAUUUACCAGCUAUUAGAGAUAACCAAUGGAUCGCUAAAACCACAAAAACCCAGCAAGCAGAAGAGCUCAGCGGUUAAGGUGGAAGGGGAGACUACUCUGGAUGCCAAUGCUGAAUAUGAGAUAGCAGUUUCCUCGUAGUGGCUGAGAUAUCUGCUGAAGCCUUUAAUUGAUUUGUGAAGAUUAUUUGUUGGCAUUGUCUUUGUUUUGUUUUUUGUUGAAAGUGUCACUGUUAUUCCAUUGGAUUAAACCGUUUUUACGUAACGUGGAUAACUUUAAGGUUAUGCAAAGCUGCAGAGAUAAAUUUCCUGCACAAUUUAAGUGUGUUUGCGAACUUCAAACCUGACAACAAGCAUUGUCCUCAGUGCAGCACAUGGUCUGCGUAUGUCGGGUAUGUGGAAAAAGUUGCUGCUUCUUUGUAAUGGAUCGGAAAACAGGAUGUGAUUUUUUAGUUUAGGACAUACAUGUAGUUCAGUCAUGUGUGAAGGUCAAUAUCCGUGAAUCUAAUGUAGAAGAACAAGAUUAUGGAUUCAGGCACUCAUUGGUGGAACGAGUGGUAUUUGAUAUGCAGAACAUGCAUUGGUGUUUUUUUUCCUUUAGCCUUACUGUACAUGUUCUUGAGUGCAGUGUAAAACUCUAUUCAGGUCUUAAAAUAAAUUGGCCUGACAGUAGGUGAGUGGAAAUACCCAUGGAGGAGUGGGUAAGGUGCGUACUAUUCAAUUACAGGAUCAUUUCAGUUACAUUCCCGGAGAGAAUAUUUGAGACCGCGAACAUCUGAGCAUUUGCCAUUUUACUUGUGCCAAGACUCUUACAUGAUCACACAUGGUGGCAAAAACAUUGUCUAAAUAACAUGGGAGUUAAUACAAAACUCUGCUUCACGGCCUCAUACGUGCAAAACCAGGUUUUGUUGACAUUCACAAUUUACAUAUGCU